AUGCGGUGGUGCCUUGCCUUGCUUCUCUUCUGCUUCUUGGCUGCGGUCAACGCUCUGAGUAGCUCCGGCAGCCGCCUGCUUGUCGUUUUGGACGACAGCACAGAGAAGAGCCUUUACUCAACAUUGUGGUCUGACUUGGAAGGACGAGGAUAUGACCUUGCCUUCGAGUCGCCCAAGAGCGACAGCUUGUCCCUCUUCCAGCAUGGCGAGCGAGCUUACGACCACCUCCUGAUCCUUCCGCCGAAAUCUAAGGGUCUCGGCCCCAACCUUACCCCGAAGAACAUCCUGGACUUCCUCGACAAGGACGGUAAUAUCAUUCUGGCCCUCUCUGGCCGGGCCUCGACCUCCAGCGCCGUCAGCUCCCUCCUUUUGGAAGUCGACAUUCACCUCGCCAAUGACCGGUCAGCCGUUGUCGUUGACCACUUCAACUAUGAUACCGUCUCGGCCGCCGAGAAGCACGACGUGCUCCUUCUCAACCGCCCUGGACCUCUGCGAUCCGACAUUAAGGCAUUCUUCGAUGGUGAGGGCGUCAUUGCUCUCCCUCGAGUCGCUCCCCAGACUCUGGGCAAUACUAGUCCCCUUGUCUCGCCUAUCCUCCGCGCCCCCGAGACCGCCUAUGCCUACAACCCCAAGGAGGAGAUGCCGUCAGCCGAUGAUAUCGAAGCCACCGGAUCUCAACUGAGCAUUGUCUCUGCCAUGCAGUCCCGUAGCUCUGCUCGCUUCACAAUCCUCGGCUCUGUCGAGGCUCUGGAGGACCAGUGGUUUUCGGCCACUGUCAAGACCGUCGGCGGCAAGAAGACCCCCACAGCCAACCGGGAGUUCGUGAAGCAAUUAACUGCUUGGACCUUUAAGGAAACUGGUGUUCUGAAGGUCAACAACAUCGAGCAUCACCUCGCCACCGACGGUGAGAUCGCUGCGGAGGAUCUCAACCCCAAGAUCUACCGUAUCAAGAACGAGACUUUCUUCAGCAUCGAGAUGUCGGAGUAUGAUUACGACAAGUGGGUUCCGUUCGAGGUUCCCGCCGGCGAUGAGCUGCAGCUGGAGUUCACCAUGCUCUCGCCCUUCCACCGUCUGAAUCUUCAGCCCACUGGCCGCACCGAGACCGGCGUCAUCUACAGCACCCAGUUUGUCACACCUGACCAGCACGGCAUCUUUUCUUUUCGUGUGAACUACAAGCGUCCUUUCCUCACCAAUGUCGAGGAGAAGCAUGAGGUGACAGUGCGUCACUUUGCGCACGACGAGUACCCGCGCAGCUGGGCCAUCAGCGGUGGCUGGGUCUGGAUUGCCGGUCUCUGGUCAGUGAUUGCUGGAUUCCUGGCAUUUGUCGUUGUUUGGCUCUACUCGGCUCCCGUUGCCGACAAGAACAAGAAGACACAGUAG